AUGAAUAAAGAAAAUGUUGAGAAUGUUAGGGUGACUCGAGCAAGGGCUAGAGCCAUGAAAGCGACUUCGACAACUGUGAUUGGAUUAAGGGAUGUGACUAACAUUUCAACAAAAUCAUCGCACAAUAAUAAGCGUAUUCAUACGUCAAAUUUGCAGAAGAAUGAAGGUUGUAAGAAGAGAAAGACCAAGGCAGCUUCAGAAGAAAAUGCCUCCUUACAAGUUUUGACAACCAAAGAGAAUGUUCAGAAAGAGUUGGCUAAAGAUUCUUCGACAACAACAAUGAAAGAUUCUCUGCAGCAGCAAGUGCAACCUUAUUUGAUUGUUACCAGGUUUUCAAUGCAGAACUCUGUCAACUCUCCAAUUGAAGAUAUAAAUCUGAUAUGCGAGAAGCUAAGAACCUCGGUUGGCUUUGGAAUCGUGGACAUUGAUUUGGAGGCAAAGGAUUCUCCUGUUUGGACUUCUUAUGCCCCUGAUAUAUACUAUAAUGUUCAUGUCAGAGAGUGUGAAAAGAGGCCACUAGCCAAUUACAUGGAAAAGGUGCAGCAAGACAUCACUCCAACCAUGCGGGGAAUUCUGGUUGAUUGGCUUGUGGAGGUUUCUGAUGAAUAUAAACUAGUUCCAGACACACUCUACCUGACAGUGAAUCUCAUUGAUCGAUUCCUUUCCUGUCGCGUGAUUACAAGGCAGAGGCUCCAGUUGCUUGGUGUUACUUGCAUGCUGAUUUCGUCUAAGUAUGAAGAGAUUUCUGCUCCUGGACUAGAAGAUUUUGUCACCAUCACCGAUAAUACAUAUUCGAAAAAAGAGAUGUUGAAAAUGGAGAAAGAGGUGCUGAAUGUUCUGCACUUCCAGUUAUCUGUUCCUACAAUCAAAACAUUUCUCAGGAGGUUCGUCCAAGCAGCACAAUCUUCUUACAAGGUUGCUUAUCCUGAACUGGAAUUCAUGGCUAAUUAUUUAGCAGAGCUUGCACUGGUUGAAUACAGCUUCUUGCUGUUUCAACCUUCCAAGAUAGCUGCAUCUGCAGUUUUUCUUGCCAGAUGGACUCUAGGCCAGUCAGAACAUCCAUGGAAUCCGACUCUUGAGCACUAUACAAAUUACAAAGCAUCAGAGCUUAAAACUACUGUCCUUGCACUGCUUGAUUUGCAGCGUAAUACCAAAAGCUGUGGUCUGAAUGGUGUUCGCGACAAAUAUAAACAAGAUAAGUUCAAAAGUGUGGCAAAUUUUUCUCCAAAACCGGUGGAACCUCUUUUCUAG